AUUUCGUGAGUGAUGAAUUUUACACGGGCCCACACGCACAUGGGACGAAUAACAAUCGAAUUGUAAAGGCGCAUCGACCUAGUUGAAUUCUCUGUUUUCACUUUCGAAUACCUAUAAUCCUUUGGCAUUCAAAAUUGCUCCACUUUAUUCAUUAAUCUUCGAUCACUGCUUUUAAACGAGUACGUUGAUGACAAAUUUUUUUUUUCAAUUAUAUUUUAUACGAUAAAUUCAUUUCUCAAACGUACAAAUAAAAAUUCUUGUGAUCAAAGUGGCUAAUAUCCCUAUAGAAAAAAGAAAUAUAUAAAUAAAAGUAAUUAAAGAAAAAGAAAUUUUCACGUUCAUAGAUAUUAUUCAAUUCAUACUAUACAAAUAUUCAGAUAAAUUAUUAUUUAAAUGAGUAUCUUAAUAUUCUUCAUUAAUUAUAAAAAACUCAAAUUAUGACAAAACCAAAUUUUGUAUAGUUACAAACUUACCAGAUUGAUUUAUGCUACAUACUUCUAUCAUCUAGAAAAUUACCACGUUGUAUACAUUAAACUAUUUUUACAAAUCCUUAGCCAAGAAGUAAUCUUUCUCAACAAUUAACUACAUGAAGUCAAUCAAGAGCAACGAAUUUUCAGAAUAAUUAAGUGCUCUUAAUGACCAAUAUGAUAUUGCGAAAUGGUGAAAUUAACGAUCGUGUCAUAGGGACAGGGUGAUGCAUAACUGUCAGUUCCUAUGAGGGAGCAGGUUUCUCGAAGAUUGAACACGUGGAGGAGUAAAGUAGAUCGACCCAGUUUUGGUCAACUUUGAGCCUUUGUUCGUAUGGGAGGGGUAAGGCAAUGAUGGUUUUGUGAGAAGGGGUCCCCUUUACGACCACGUCCAUAUAAGCAACGUCUGCUGCCACAGAUGGGACAGUCUUGCACCUUACACCCCUUCGCUUAUUCGCACGCCGUUUCAUUUUUGGGCGAUCAAGGAUGAAGUUUGGAGUUCUCUUCACAGUGGCAGCCGCCCUGUUGCAGGGUAGCUAUAGUAGUUUUGUAUCCAUUAGGAUGCCUUACUUGAAUCCAGCAGGGGUAACUUACAUAAAUAAUAUCGGACAAGAGGCACAGCUUGCAUAUAGUGUUCCCGCUAAAGUUGAAGCCGAACACAUUGGAUAUGCCGCUGCCCAAGUGCCAGCAGUGGCUGCUGUACCAUACGUCAAACACGUGCCAACUGUCUCUCAUGUGCCAGUCACGAAAAUUGAGGCACAACCUGCUCUCCUGGAAAAACAAUUAGACGUCGUUAAACCGGCUGUUUCUACUCGAAAAUUCGAAGUACGCCGCCCAGCAAUCCAGAAGCAAUUCUUCGACAUUGAAGAACGCGUAGUCGUUCGUCCAGCUGGUUCAGCAGUAGUCGAGCUUGAUCAACCGACCUCCAAGACUCAGAAAGGACCAGCUGUGAUUCAACCUCUGUUCCAACACUUCUCAGGUCUCCAAGCAUCUCCAUCUCUUCCUUCUCUUCCAUCUCUUCCAUCUCUGCCAUCUCUGCCAUCGCUGCCAUCUCUGCCAUCUCUGCCAUCUCUACCAUCUUUGUCAUCUCCUGUAGAAUCUUCUACUCCAUCCUCCUCCGGCGAUGACGAAACUGUUGUGGUUGAAAAUCCUGACUUCCGCAGACUCGGUCCUCAAAGCCAGGCUGGUGCACCUACAGCUCAAACAAGAACUAACUUGAACGGUGGUGCACAAUCGAACGAACCAUUCGUUGCACAUGAUCCUUCACCAAGCGUUGUGGUUAGCCCCAAAUCUUCCCCUGAAGAGGACAAGGAGAACCAGAAUAGACUGAUUGACUUGCUCACUGCCCGUGGUAACGUUGCUGAGGUUGGCUUUGGCCGCUAUUCCUCCCUCUCCCAAUCCGCAGCCGGUGACGCUGGCCAGGUUCGGGGACGUGUAAUCUCUGCUACUCCAGCUCCGGAAUACGCAGAACCAGCUGACGAACGCGUCUCUACGCGACGUGUUGUUGUCAGCAGACCGAUUGAAACUCUCCAAGAAGUGAAUGUCGUGGAACCAGCGACUAAAAUCGAGAGAGUGUCCGUCCAACAGCCAACUUACAUAAAAACAGCGCGCCUCGAUCAUGUUCAGGUUCACAGCUCUGUACCGGUGGUCGGAAAAGCUUUUGCACCAACGAUUGCCCAUGCUGCUGUUCCGGUUUAUCAGAAAACCAUCUCGCCAGCUUAUGAAUAUUACCAUUGAAUCGCUUGACAACUUGUGAUCUUAGUUCCCUAACGUUCUAAAACAGGAUUCAAUGUUAAAAAUAGUGUACGAGUAAUAUUGAAUAUUUUAAUACUACAUAAUAUAUUGGAUUUUUACAUGCAGAUGAUUAGGUAA